AUGCGGGCUGGGUAUAUCAAAGAGGUCUCGGCCUGGCUGGUGGGUGGCCCGGGAUUUUUAUUGAUGCUGCAAGGGCGGCUGGGUUAUGGUUCUGGCUGCAUGGCGAGGCUUGGAAAAAGCAUGACGCGCGACUGGCAGCUCUACGUUUGUGUGGUAUCGUCAACAGAACAUUGGGCCACACCGUUGCCGUUAACAGGCGGCCGAGGCUCAGAAUUCAAAUCUUAA